AGACAGAUUAGCUUCUACUUUGUUAAAACAAUUUACACAGACCCUCUUUUUGAUAGCCGUCUUUAAAAUUAAAAUAGUUUUUUUAAAUGGGCAAUAUGAUAACUAUAUUCAUUUUUUGUUUUGAGCAAUCUACUUACUUGUUCAAUCUUCUCAACAGCUUCAGUUGACAUGUUGUCUAAUGUUUGGUUUGACAUCUUGUAGUUUUGUGGUUGUAUACUGUUGCGGUACUGCUAGGGAACUGAUACGUUAAACGCGAAUGUUUGUAUUAUUUAUAGGGAGGCUCUGAAUUGCAAGCGACGCAAUAUCUGUAAUAGGUGUUAAUGGGAAAAUAGUAGGGGGGAAAACCGUGAGCAAAUAUGUUUACUUCAAAUGCUAAUUUAUUUUGUUAAUUAGAAUAAUAAAUGUAUGCAAUUAUUCAUAUAAAAAAAACUACCAUUUUAGCAUAAUUCUAAUAAUUGUUAAUCAAAGUUGUUUACUUAAAAUGCUAAUUUUAUCUUUGUUACUUGGAAUAAUGAUCAUUGUAUGCAAUUUUAUUUCUAAAAAACAAUUUGCAAACAAUGCAACCACAAGAUGCACACGGCAUUAUUUUAACAUAAUUAUAGUUAUUAUUGGCAAGUUGUUUACUUCAAUUGCUAAUUUAUUGUUUGUUGGAAUAAUGAUCAAUGUAUGUAAUUAUUUAUAAAAAAAAAUUGCGUCAAAGUCCAAGAACCACAAGACGCACACGGUACCAUUUUAAUAUAAUUAUAUGAAACGUAUUUGCGCGCAUUUUUUUUCCUUCUCCCCACAACUACUAUUUAAACAGAAUUCUGUGCAGUUCAACACAUCAGUAUCAAGUGUAUCACACAACCAAACCAAACCAACCAUGGCAUCAACACCAACGACAAUCGUAGUGCUAACGCAAGAUAAAGUGAAUUUUCCCAUGAAAUACGCGUAUGUCGUGAUGAACCAGUUAUUUCAAUACGGAGUUAAAGAAAUUACCCAGAAGGACGAUAAGAUAUUUAUAUCUUUGACUUACACCCCUAGAGCCACAACACUUAAAAAGAAAUUUGGGAAUCUACCCAUAAGGUACAUGAGAACGAGGGUCCAAAAUACUGAAGAUAUUAAAAUUUUAGAGAAAGUUGUAAAGAGGUACAAGUUUAACUUAAUUGACGAAGAUCGGGAAGACACGGAGCAGCGGCAACAAAUUAUACAAAAAAGGAAAUUGCAAAUUACGGAUGUCUACACAUCGGGAGAGGAAGAGGAAGAGGGAAACUAAGAUGUAGAUGAGGUGGAUAAAGGUGUUAUUGCUUGUGGUGGUUCUGGUGAAAGUCGUUCAAAGAAGUAAGAAAUGAAGAAAUUCAGAUGUAAUUAUUCUAGUUAUGGUAAAUAAAAAAGUCUGUAUUAUACAUUUUUAGUUUUUUUUAUUUCAUUUCUUACAAUAAAUGUACCAAUAGUAUAAGAAAUAUACAUUUUCAACUGCACAAUACA